AUGGAGCAAACUAUGAUCGAUGCGAACGCGAAACGGCGCAUUCAUCCCGGCACCAAGGCUGCGGACAUGGCUGCUGGACCACCGCUGAUUCCGCUUAACGAGCUCGACUCGGCUUUCCAGCUACAGGAGCACCUCGCAGCCCUCCACUAUUACCACACUGGCAGUAACACCCAGCCCGUGAGCCGCGACGCCGCCAGGCUGCUGGCCACGCCCCCGCCCUCGAUCGACCGCAACCUAUGGCUGUACGAGCUCUGCCGGUUCCUAAUCGCGCAGUGCAACAGCCUAAUCGUGGGCUUCCUCUUCGACACGCCGCCCUGCAGCGCCGCGACCUGCCCGGAGAUGCGCGCCUCCGAGUGGCAGUUCCUGUGCGCCGUGCACGACCAGCCCAAGUCGUGCUGCGCCAUCGACUACUGCUGCCACACGCUCGACUGGGCCGCCAACGUCGUCACCAACCCCAAGCUCUUCCCCAGCCGCUUCGUCGCCCUGUCCGCGACCGACGGCCAGCACGGCGACAGGAGUGCCGCGCUUAAGAACCUCGUCAACGUCUUCCGCCGCCUGCACCGCAUCUUCGCCCACGCCUGGUUCCAGCACCGCGGCGUCUUCUGGUCCGUCGAGGGCCAGACCGGUCUGUACGUGCUGUUCAAGACGGUCUGCGACCUGUACGACCUGCUGCCGGCCGAGAACUACAAGCUACCCCCGGAGGCUGAGGGCUUGGAGGCCCCUGGCUCGUCCGAGGCGGACCGCAAACCCCAGCCGACCCAGAUCGUCAGCAGUAGGUCUACACAGCGAGUGGGUGAGGAGGGCGAUGAGAACUUUGCGCCAGUGGGUCGGACGAACACGCGGCGGCAUAUCCGUAGCAAUCCGUCGACGGGUAGCGCUGUCACAACGGUCAUGGAGGCAGAUGAGGAUGAUAGCGGUGAUGUGACUAGGCAGAUGCGAGGGAUGCACAUCUCAGCACCCGAGAUCGUUGAAGAGGAGUCAGAGGUUGCCGAGGUCCCUGUCAUUGUUGAGCAUGGCAUGAUGGACGAUGCAACGACGCCACUGGCUAAGGAGGACGAGCCCGCAAAGGAGACCCUUGAGGAGCAGGCGGAGCCGGGCGAGAAUAUCACUAUCCUCGAAAGAGAGCACGAGGAGUCCAGCGAAAACAAAUCAGUGGAGGCCAAAGAGGACGCUCCGGCUGUCGACGCCAGGGAAAUCGAAGCCACGCCGGAAUCUCAGGAGGAUGUCACAGCGCAGUCAGAACCGUUGCAGACAUUGUCUGAAGGCAAAGACGGUGGCGAGGCCGCCUCAACAAGCACGCAUGACUUCGCCGAACAAAAGGCUGAAACGGCUACAGAUGAUCUACCUGAACCUGCGCCGACACCAGUGACAGCGCAAGAGAAAGCGGAGUCGGGUGAGACCGUUGAAGCCAAGGAAGGCGCGAGCAACAAUUGA